AUGUCCACACCUACUGAUGCUGAUCCGAUCGGGGACCGAAUGUAUGGAGCAUCUACACCGGAGGUACCGUCUUCAGCUGAUGUUAUUUCAAACUGGACUGAGUAUGUGCAUGGGGCGGAGCCCAGAUACGCAGCUAGCCGAGAGGUGGCGGCCGAGGAUCAUGAAACGUUUCUUUUGAGUGCUCCCAUGUCGAUUGAUACGGUUGAGCAGCCUACGAAUCCCAUCGAGCAGUUUGCCUUUGAUUGCCUUCGGCGACAAGUCGUUACAUACGCAGACUUUGGUAUCUUGCUCAACAUGCUUGCUCAGGUGUUACCGCAGACCAAACGCACCAGAGAGCGCAUCAACAUGGGAGUGACAUCGUUUGCCUUCCAGACAGGUGCGUAUGCUUUUGGUGGUGAGGCAGGUGCCAUGACCAAUGUGGGCACCUAUCCUCUCCUCACACGCUUGCUCGCGGCUACAGUUAAUGCCAGGUGCUCCGGGCUGCCCUUUUCCACUGUGACGCUCUCUUCCAACUUACAGACGGGAUUACACAAAGAUUCGCACAACCAUCCGAUGCUCUCCAACAUUGUCAUCCCGAUUACUCGCUGGGAGUUUGGAGGCGCCCUAUGGAUUGAGGACGACUCAGGUAACAUCAUGCAUGAGGGCAUGCGUGGUAGGACUCUGGAUGUGACUCCGCCCUAUGUGCUUUUCAAUGCGCACCGUGCGCAUUGUACAAUGCCUUGGGUGGGCAACCGAUGUGUUCUCAUCGCCUAUCACAUUCGCGAUGGCUGGAGACUCUCGGAUGACUGCCUACACCGGUUGCGAGCCAUGGGAUUCCCGAUUUGGACAGGACAUGUUACUGAAGACCCUUACAUGUGA